AAGCUUGAGUUUACAAACUUUCCAUCGGGACAGAAACUUCGCCAGCGGACGCAGGAAAGUUACGGAGCGCAGGAGGAAUAAUCUCCGGGAAAAAAAAAACAACUCAAUGCGGGACAACAUGACAUACACUCCUUUAGCUUUAUGACAACUUUUUAAAGACUUUUAAAAGCUUUUAAAGUCGGGCGAAGCAACUUUUACCAAAGAAAGAAAAGAAAAGAAAGAAGAAACAGGCCUAACCAAAGAAGUUCCUACAGGAUUUUCGCAGGCCAUUUUUACUCGAAUACUUCGGCUUGUUUGUUAUUGUUUGACACACGAUGAGCGGCAACCCUCUCCAGCCUUUACCGGGCCAGCAGGUCAUCCAUGUCGCCAAAGACCUUGACACGGACCUGGAGGCUCUCUUCAACUCCGUCAUGAACCCCAAGCCCAGCAGCUCCUGGAGGAACAAGCAUCUGCCCGAGUCGUUCUUCAAGGAGCCGGACUCGGGCUCGCACUCUCGGCAGUCCAGCACGGACUCGGGCGGCCUCCCCCCGCGGCUCCAGGCGACGCACGUCCGCUCGCACUCCUCCCCGGCGUCGCUGCAGCUGCCCGCGGGCGCGCUGGGCGUCCCGAACCCCGCUCGGCACCACUCGCACAUCCGACACCAGUCCUUCGACGUGGCCGAGGAGCUGCCGCUACCCCCGGGCUGGGAGAUGGCCUACACCCCCAACGGACAGAAGUACUUUCUCAACCACAUUGAGAAGAUCACCACAUGGCACGACCCCAGGAAGAACCUGACCCCCUCGGUGACCCAGAUGGGUCUGCACAAUCAAGCCUCCACUAACGGCAACAUACAGCAGCGCUCCAUGGCCCUCUCUCAACCCAACCUCGGACAGUUGCCCGAGGCUUGGGAGCAGGCCGUCACCCCUCAGGGAGAAACAUACUUCAUUGACCACAAAACCCAGAGCACCUCAUGGCUGGACCCGCGGGUGGUGCUCAGCCAGCAGGCCCAUCAGCAGCACCUCCAGCAGCAGCAGGCCCAGGUUCAGGCCCAGGCCCAGGCCCAGGCUCAGGCUCAGGCUCAGGCCCAGGGCUCCCAGCAGCAGCAGAGCUCUCAGCCCAUGAUGAACAUGAGCGCCCAGCAGCACCAGCAGAAGAUGAGGCUCCAGCGCAUCCAGAUGGAGCGCGAGCGCAUCCAGAGGAGACAGGAGGAGCUCCUGAGACAGGAGGUGGCGCUCCGACAGCUGCCCAUGGACUCUGAUAACAUGGCCCCCGUGGCUCCAGCCAUCAGCUCUCCGGUCAUGACCCAGGCCAACAUGCCCAACAGCAGCGCCGACCCCUUCCUCAACAGUGGGCCGUAUCACUCCCGAGAGCAGAGCACGGACAGUGGACUCGGACUGGGAUGCUACAGUAUUCCCACCACUCCUGAGGACUUCCUGAACAACAUGGAGGAGAUGGACACAGGUGAGAACAUGAACGUGCCGGUCAGCAUGAGCGUUCCCCAGCAGAGCCGCUUCCCAGACUUCCUGGACUCCAUGCCCGGCACCAACGUGGACCUGGGCACCCUGGAGGGGGCCGACCUCAUGCCCAUCCUCAACGACGUGGAGUCGGUCCUGAACAAGAGCGAGCCCUUCCUCACCUGGCUCUAGGCCCACACGCCACACUAAAGACUGCUUUACAAAUAUAGAUAUUAUAUUAUAUAUUCAAUCAGCCUCUUCCUCUAGUUUCACUGUUUAGGUGUCAGAAAUCACCCCGAGUCUAAGAACAAUACCAAAGUGUUUAGCCUGCGAACAAAUGAGCAAGCAUGUGUCAAUCAAAGCAUUAGAGGAAGACAAACGUGUUUGUGCUGUAACUGAUGAUGGGUGGAUAUGAUUAUUACUGUGUUUGUGUUCAGAAGGAUCACACUGAGAGUGGGAACGCAUUAAUAGUGUGGUGUACGUGAGUCGGGCUCUCGGAUCAUGUUUAACAGGCGCAGUGUGUUUGUACAUUAACACAGAGAGAGAGUCUGGGUGAAUCUCACGAAAAGAAGGCAUGCGGUCUUG